CCUUUUUGGAUCCGGGAUCCAAUCCCCAGCAGGCGAUCAGGACCGAGACAUAAAUCCCUGCCAUGACUGGCUGCUGCAACGUCUUCAAGGUUGAGCUCCGAUGGCCCGAGCAGAUAGCAACGUCGAAUUGGUUCCCACCACUGGUCUACGCGAUCUUCAACGGGCUCCUUGCGAUGGUUUUUGUCGCAUUUCUGAUCAUGAUUCUCUCCGACAGCAUCCCAGACAUUGGUGCAUUCUGGCUCAUUUACCUGACAAAUUGGGCAUUGAUCGUGGAAACGAUUGCUAUGGUGAUGCUUUGCAUCUCCACCGCGUGGGGGUACGCCAAGUUGCCUGAUGGCCCCUCGCAGGGAAAGGCUCCCCUCUUUGUUCGCUACACUGUGGCCUUGUGGUAUAUGAUUCAGCCAACGUCAUUGAUUGUGGUGAUUUUGUACUGGACCCUCAUUAAUCCACUUUGGGAUUUACAGCCUGUUGAUCUCUUGGGUCUGUGGGCGCAUUUGCUGAACUGGCUGUGUCUUUUGCUCA